ACAGAUUGAGAACCACCUCUGUAGACACAUGAGAGGGAGUGGGGAAGGGGGAAGUACGCAGCCACUCAGGGCAGACGGGCACUGUGGAGCUAAAUGUUCAUCCCCACUUAACAUGUCAAUCAGGAUUAAUACCCUUACAAACCGCUUCUUUAGGUUCAUCCUGGUCCUUUCACUGGUUGAAAAACCGGAGCCGGGGCAGAGGCGCUGAUAUAUAAGGCAGACCAGAACGGGACAGCAACACAACAACUCCAAAGCUGAGCGGUUUCAGUAACGCGCACAGCGGAGCGUCGCCUGGACUUGUUUCACGUUUGUGCGACCUGUCAGGCGUAAUGACUGAUCACUCUCACAUUUGAGAGCGUGAUCCAUAUCGACUAACCUGUCAGAGCUUCUUGAACUCACUCAGCUUUUUUUAAACAUUUUUACGCCGAUGGAUUACUUUCUGACGGUGCACGUGAUUUUAUUUUCAUGCAGACUGACUCGCAGGAGCUCAUAAGUCGCUGUUUGGAGGCUUCCAGUAAACUUGCUGCAGCGUAAACAGUACAGUUGUCGUGAACGCGUGAGCACUUCCCGAGAUGGAGUUGAAAAGCGCCUGUCGUAUGUUUCUUUUCCCUGUGCAAAUGCUUUUUUAUAUCGUCAGGGCAAGUUUGUCAUUGCUGUUGCCCGGUAGAAGGAAGGACCUCACCAGGGAGGUGGUGUUGAUCACCGGAGGGGGACGAGGCAUCGGGCGUCACCUGGCCAAAGAGUUCGCCAAGCAGGGGGCCAGAAAGGUAAUUUCAUUCACAGACAACCUGUUGCACACACGUUUCUCCCUCCGAACAAAGAAAUUAGACGGGGUUACGCUAAUGAUUGAUCGGUUACUGAACAGAAAUAAGAUUAUUCGACUAUUUCAAAGGGUCAAUAAAUCAUGUAGCGAUUAUUCGAGUGUUGAUAUCAAACUUUAGAUUGGCGUUUGGACACCUUGCUUUGUUAAUUACCAGCUCAUCCAAAAUGCCGAUUUUUAACACUUUAAACAGCGAAACGGACGAGAGAGACAUAAAUCUGGAUUCCCUGGCAGAGUGUUAAGCUAAUUUUCUAAACUUUUUGAAACUGUAAUUAAAUUGCACUUACAUUUACUGGUAGAAAUAAUGAGCAGGUUGAUCUUAAAUGGAAUAAUGUGUAAGUUAAUUUAGUGUAGACGCUAUUAUUUGGGUUUUAAAAGGGUAUACUGUAGUUGUAGUUGUAGUUCAUGCCUAGCAGUUGAACUAUGAAUAAGCUUCACUCUACCCCCCACCCCCUCCUCCCAGUAGUCUUGUCCACCCUGUCCCAGGUGUAUUGUUGUUCCACUGUUCUGUGAAAGCAGGGAUCAUAACCUCUCACAAGCCUAGUUGGUCCUCUGAGACUGGAGGCACUGCCCUUAAUUUUGGUUCAAGUAUUGCACAACAUCCCUGGGUCAGCAUGAGGGCAGGUCUGCACUGCCUGGACGCCUGAUUGAAGUGAUUAAGAGCUGCAGUGGGCUUACUUUCAUUCUGGUUGGGUCUGCGGUGAUGCUGGCUUGACUGACACGUCCAAACAAUGUGUUAUUGAUCGAACUGCAGAAAAGAUAUGUAAUUCAUUGUUUUACAUUAGUGUAGUUGUAUUUUGAAAAGGUGGGGACAUGUGCUCCUAACCAUUCAAAGCAACCCAUAUAAUCACAGCUCUGCUAUUGCCACAUUAGAAGGUCAGGCUAUUUUGUGACCAGUCUCUGUUCUGCUUUAAAUGUUGCCAAUAUAUCAAAACACAAACAAAGGCUCCUUAAUGCUUUAAUUGAAGCCAGAUUGGGUUUUGUUUUCACAGAAACUAGAGGAUGUGGGAUGCUUCUAUGGCUGCAUGUGCAAAAAUAAAUGAACUACAAACAGAACUUGGAAAGAAUAAAUUGCAUUGCAUUAUCUUGCGUUAGUCUAAUAACUCAAUGAUGGCUCUGAAGAAAACAGUAAAAGGAGAACAGCCUCUAUGAGAGGGUAAGUGUCAGGAAUACAAUGAACAGUCUUGUUUACUAUGAAGUUGAAGUUGUAUUUCAUCAUUUUUCUCCACAUGGGUGUUGAUGUGAACUCUUCAUGCAGUUACUCUGGGUUUUAUUGCUGUCUGGAGCAUAUUCAACUGUGUAACACCCUGUCCUAUAGAUCAUAAAAGUAACUCAACUCAACUGAACUCAACUCAAUUCGUGUUGCAUGAAUCAUACAAAUAUGCAGCCUUGGGAGAAUUUCACAGCAGAAACAGAAUAAAAACAGCAGAAAGUGAAAGUUUGAGGAGGUGUUGACAAAAAGGGAACUAAAUUAUGGAAAACUAGACAACUGCAGUGACAAAAAUACAACAAUAUCAGCAAAUAAAAAUCAGCAAUAUGAGAUAGAAACCUUAUUGUCAAUGCAUGAAAAUACAACAAAACUUGUGUGUAUAGCAAUAAAUCAAUAAGGUACCCCCCCCCCACACACACACACACGCACACACACACAUCAAUUUGUAAGCUUUAUUAUGGCAUCGCCAGAGGCUCAGAUGGAUGUGCAACUAAGUUUUUGAGUGUAAAGUAGCAUUUGUUGGACUGCCAGUUGAGACCAUUGAUGGGGCAAAUGUGUGUUAGUAAAGCAGAGGGAUGGAAGGAGCAUAAGUGUAUUAACCUGGUUAGUUUGAAAAGCAAGUAAUGGCAGACUGGGUAAAAAAAAAAAAAGUAUAACCUGUUUUUCUUCUUUAAUUUCAGAGGGUACAAUGAUUAAGUGAUAAAAGUAAGUUAUAGUUCAGGGAAUAUUUGUGAUAAACUGUUGAAUUCGUGGGGAAUCAUGUUUAAUAAUCAUGAUCUCAAUAUUCGAAAUAUAAUUCAGUUGGGAUUCCUUUCAUAAAAUGAGAAUGAAAUAAUUUUCAUGCAAUAAGAUAUUUGGCAGUGGGCUAUACCUCUGUUCUGAGAGCUUCCUGCCCUUCCAUAUGCAUACGUGGAAUGCUGCGGUCUGUGGCAGGGAUAGCAUCAGAACAUACAUUACAUACAUUACAUCGAAGCGGUGCAAAAAAACAAAUUGUCAAUGUAAAUCAAUCUGCUCACUUGAAAUCGGCCUAAAAGCGACUCAUUCUGUCCUGCCUAUUCCUGAAAAUCCCCCUACCCACCCUUCAAACCAUGCCCCUCCCACCACCGCCACCUCAACCAUCCCUCACCCCCUUAACAAGCCACCGUCACUGGGGUCUGCACUGCUUCAGUUGCUGCACCGACAGUUCCCCCUCGCUGCGGGUCGGCCUCUGUUUCCAUCAUCAUUUCAAGCUACGGUUUGUCUACCAAUGCAGUGGGUGCGCAUUACACAGCUGAGUGCCUGAUGAGCCACCGGCGUCCCUUUUAGCCGUAAUGUGCUAAUGCACAGCAGCUCGAUUUUUGAUCACCUCAGAUGGGACUCAUCAUUACACAUGGAAGAGUAAGGUAGUAAUAUCCCUGCUAGAAAGCUUAGAGCAGCCCAGUUGAAAGCUGUUAUAAUUAUCCCUACAUGUGUGACACGGGCUUCACGUCUGUGAUGCUCUCUAGGCGCAAUUUUAGCAGCUUGAAAACAUUGCUAAAAGCUCAGUGAAACACUAACUGCCCCCCUCUGUCUUUCAAUGUCAUCUCCUUGGGGGAAAGAGCGAGAAGAAACCGGAGGGUUUUAAGAGCUUUACUCUGCAGCUGCACAACAAAGGAUGUCACCAUGCUUUUCAGCACCUCAUUGUUGGGUAUUAUGAAGGUGUGAAGGCUCUGAAAACAACACCUGGGCUAAUGCGUAUGACAAUUACUCCCUGCCUAAAGAGAUGCUAAAAGGAUACAGGGCUGUAAUUAUGAAUGGGAGUAACCUCUACGAACUGGCGCUCACCCCUGUUUGAGCCCCUUUGUGAUUGGCAGCCGGAAUUUCCUUUUCCCCCUGCUCGGGCUUUAGUGUUUUCACGGUGUGAGGAAGGCUAACUACAGCACUGAUGAAAGAAUCCGGCGAGAUUGGAAGCCGGGGACUCAGGAGGGGUGCCAGGUCUUCUUGUGUGCAGUUAGAGGGGGAAGUGUUGCAGAACGAAGCUCAGAAACAAUAAACCAGAGCAAUGUGUUUUCAAAAACAGCAUCCAAGUUCAGAGCCCAGCGAGAGGUCUUUCAGAACAAUCCCAGUAAAUAGCUCACGAGUUAGAGCAGCAUUCUUCUUCAAAGCUCCUUUUAUAGAAUAUCUCAGUGCCAUGGAAACAACUCCAGAAGAAAGUGUUUGCUGAAAACAUUGAUUUUUAUGUGGUUGUUAAGAUUACAUAAGGGGACCACUGCAAGGGAGAUGAAGCAAAGCGGGGAGGCACUGACAACAGGUUUUCUGUGGGUGUGCGUGUUGUGCUGGAGGCGGGAAGCACACCGCUCCCAGCUGGGUAUUGCCCUGCAACUGACCUUGCUGUCUCCGCAGUAAUUAGACAGCGACAGGCGACUGCCUCCUGAACUCCUGCUGCCCCCCCUGUGUGCCGCCUCUCUGCUGGCCCAUACAAUGGGUGUGAAAAGGAGGGUUCAAACCCACCCAUACAUCCAGACCCUGGAGAUGGAGUAUCACAGGAAUUCAGCUGGAGUGCUUAGAGCCUCUUUUACACAUGCACACCUGAAAAUGUCCAGAAAUUUUCAGGUGCUGUCUGUUCAUGUAGGACCGCCACAGUGUAUCAGGGAGAAAGGAGGCUGUGGUAGUCUACCUGCAAUGUUUGCAUGCUUUCUAAGACAGCAGGCGGAGUCUGAUGCUGUGUGGAAAAGCAUAGGAAAGAAUAUCAAUGCCGUGUUCGUCUGUUAGACUUCAAGUUUGCACCAGCUGAGUGAUGAAUGUUCCUGACUUUACCUGCUGUGUUCGCGUUGGCUCCACCACACCUCUACUUCUUGUGGAGAUUUUUUGGGGGGGCUGGCAGGAAAAAGUCUGAGGAAAUCAGCGGUGACAUAAACUAUAGCAUUAUCUCUCUUAAUCUCUCUUGCCUGCUAUGGGGAAAAAAGACACGUGAAGACUACCUACAAAGUUGGUAUUAAUUUGUUAAUUUUGUGUACUUGAAUGUGUUAUUUGCUUUUACACAUGCAGCUCACUAAAGAUAUUUGGGGAAAUUUUCAGGGAUUUAACGCACAUGUAAAACACCCCCUGCCCAAAGGUUCUGUACAUUUUUCUGCAGCAGCCUGUGCACAUAGCCUCGUGGGCACCUGCUCAAAGAUGCAACCCCUCAUUGAAGCAAUACAGACUAUAAGCCCUGUGACUGGUCCACUGGGUGGCAUUAUAUUUCCUCCAUUUACCAUAUCUGGUGCAUUGCCCAUAAAACAGCCUUUAAUGCAAUAUGAUCAGCUGCUGCUCAACAUUUACUGGCUUCAGCUCUAAAAAUAAGCUCUGAGUCACCAUGGUUUCUUGUGCACAAACGAGCAGUGUUACCGGUGAUAUAGGAUGCACAGAGAUCACACCACCAACCAGCUUUUAGGUGUAGUAGCUAUGCAGAGUUGGCGUUAAAAUAUAACCCAGGAUUCCACUUAUGUGCACAAAUGCAAGUUAACCAAAUCCAUUCAUUCCACUGUGAAUGUCUGAUAUCAGAAUGCCUGCAAAACUCUGGGAUUUAUGGAUUUACAACCACUUUGCACAUACACAAGUGGAGAUGAAGCAUUAAUCCUGCCUUCACUUUAAAUCUGACUGAUCUCCUGGAAAAUAAUCAACUUAGAAACUUGCCAAGUUGACAGGCUUGGUCCCAACUUUGUAUUUGCUGUAGUAGUUGUAACCAUCUGGUUAAGUGCAUGAAUCUUUUUAAGAAGUAAAACAGAUUUUAUUUGAGGAUCCUUCUUCCAAAUUCAAAAACACCGGAUGAAGAAGGCGUCCAAGGAAAAACACGACUACAGCAGUUAACCACAGUCAGUAAAUAAACGCCAUCUGCAGCCUCUCUCCUCAGUGUAAGCUUUGCAGUAGUAAAGGAGUGCUUCUACAUGCAGCACAUGCUUCACUGUAAGUCUCAUUUGACAUGCCCGGUUCAAACAAUCGAUGGUUUAUCUCUGAUAGUGAAGGCGGCUUGUGCAGGGCCAAUUAAAAACUGUUUCUUACUGUUUCUUUUUAGAUAGCAAUUUGGCCCAUGCUUGUUUAUUCUGAGGGUCCCGUGUGUUGUAGCGGGUGAUAAACCUAAUGAAUUAAAUAACAUUUAAGCAGGAGAGCAUGGUUAGAGUGCUGACUUUUAAUGAGAGCUGUCAGCUUUGUUUGUAAGGCUCAAAUCCUAUUAAAAGCCUUUGCUUAUUUAUCAAGACCUGUCUGCCUUUACUGAUUACCUAAACGGGCCUGCAAAUGAAGCAAACAGAGAACCCAAUCAAAGGCAACUCAAACAAGGGCGGUUCACAGACUGAGCCAAACCCUUAUUGCUUCAGAACUGAUAAAGAAAUAAAGGACAGAUUCCAGACUGCAAUCAGUGGCGUCCCUGGAGCUUUUAAGUGUCAGUGUUUCCAUGUUUGGUUUGCUUCUGACACCACUACUCUGCAAAGCCACACAGUCAUGUGGGGAUUUUUAAGGGUUGUGACUGUGCAAAUUAACACUCUUGUCAUUGGCAGUUUGCAAUGUUUGGCUCCAGAAAAAGGCUUGGUAAUAUUUUUAAAACACUGGCACUGUUUAAAAGUCCUUCGUUAUGGCACGUAGACGGGUUCAAUCCCAGCAAAAGGACGCCAUGUGAAGCAAUCAAACCCUUGCAAGUGGUUAGAAACACGCUCUCUUUUGCAUGCGUAAGCCUGCACACACUCUGUAUUUCUUCCUCUCACGUACACAAUAUCACUUUCCACAAGACUUUUUGCUCAAAUAUUAACCUUGGUCACGGGCGAGUGGCCAAAUCCCACACUGGCGUCCUCAGCACUUCACACACUCACUGUUUUCAGACUCCCUGACCAGAAAUGACGGGGCUCAUCUGCCCAACAGGCCGUGUAAUCUCUUUGAGAAUUUGUGUCUGAGAGAUGAGGAGGGCUCACCCCCUGAUUUCAUUACCUUUCCUUGACCCCAAAGACUGACAGAUCUAAUUGCCCAAUCACUAGUCCCUCCUCAACCCCAACCCCCUCCACCCGCCUCAAUCCAACCUCAUGUUCCCUGCUCAAAUGACCAGCCUUCAUUUAGUCUCUGGGUGGAUGAAGAGACAGUUCAUUCACACAGCAACCCCCAAGCCUUUAAUCUUGCUGGAGAACUAUUUGUUGAAGUGAAAAUGGCCUCUCUGUUCUCUGAAUGAAAAGAGCGUCACUGCCCAAGACCUCCAGAGUUACACCCGACCUCUUUUCCAGAAAUAUUGCGCUAAACAAACAUGAUGUUUUGUCCAGGAAUGACUGCAAAACAACUCUUAUUUUCUUUUUUUAGACCUCUUGGAACAGUUUUAGCACAGGUUCUUUGUCGAUUUCUUUCUAACCUUUUAAAAACACUCUUAUUUUGAUAGGUAAUCUUGUGUGGAAGGACAGAGAAAUGCCUGAAGGAAACAGCUGAGGAGAUCUCUCUCUCAGGAACAGAGUGUCAUUACUUCCUCUGUGAUGUGGCCAAUCGGGAGGAGGUUUACAAGCAGGCCAAGGUUGUUAGAGAAAAGGUAAACAAGCACUUUAUUUCUUCUCAUUUGCAGAGAGUGGAACAUUGCACAACAUAUUUCUAAGAUGCCUUUGUAUAGUACAUUGGCUCUAAGCAGCUCUGCCUCCCAUCUGGUGUAUAGUUUACGCUCCAUCUGAAACAACAGCAGAGAGUAUAGCUGUGUCAGACUAGAUCUCUCCUUUUUCAUUCCAGGUUGGAGAUGUUACGAUAUUAGUGAACAAUGCCGCUGUGGUCCACGGCAAAAGUUUGAUGGACAGCGACGAUGAUGCCCUCCUGAAAUCCCAGCACAUCAACACGAUGGGACAGUUUUGGGUAAGACUCGAAGAAACUGAAGCAGGGGCAGUUUUCAGGCAAGAGGAGGGGAAUUCCUUUGAGCAGAUUACCCUUAUCAUUUUCCUCCCCUGAUUAUGGAACGGCAGCGUUUACUGCAGGCAGAUGCAGGCUUGUCAAUCACAGUCGCUAUUACGGCAGGUUAAGUGGGGUAUUUCCACAUCUUCCCUCAGCUCCUGAAACAUCAUAGGGGGCUUUGAAACUUGGGGCAUUUUUAUUUUGAAUAGAGAUGAAAAGACGGUGCUGUAUGCAGACAGAAAUGCAAUUAUCAACUAAAUGGAAAUGGAAAUUUAAUCUGUGGUUACACUACGGGCCUGUUCCUCUUUUCUGUUCUCCUUUUUACUCUGCUGAAUAUAACUCACCUUCUAUUACCACCUUGUCUUUAUUCUCCUAUUUUGUCUCGUCUCCAUCCCAGACUACAAAAGCCUUCCUUCCUCGGAUGCUGGAGCUUCAACAUGGCCAUGUGGUUUGCAUAAACUCCAUCCUGUCCCAGUCCCCCAUCCCUGGAGCCAUAGACUACUGCACCUCCAAGGCCUCCUCACUGGCCUUCAUGGAGAGUUUGACGCUUGGCCUGCUGGACUGUCCCGGUGUCAGCUGCACCACUGUGCUGCCUUUCCACACCAAUACAGAGAUGUUCCAGGGCAUGAGAGUCAGGUAUGUAAGGAUGCUUGACCUCAUAUGUUUUUACUCUGGAGCAUGCUAGCAAAAAAUGGAAGACUUUGAAGUAUCUCACUGAAAAUAAGUUGCAUGAGUAUGAUCUGCAUACAAGUCGACUUUGACGCUCUGGGGCUUUCUUUAAGUGCUUAAACCUGCAGGGUUGUUUGAAUUCAUAGCAGAUAAUGUUCUUGUGAAGGUAUCCCAGUAGACUGAGUCUUUUAUCUCAUGCCAAAGCUUAAACUGCCCGUUUGGAUAAAAAGUGUUGCUAUGCUGCCAAAAGAAGCAUUUCCAGCCAGGUAAAGUUGGCUCUACUCUCUUACACAUUCACUCAUGGAAUUUUCUUGGACUUUCCAAGCACCCUGCUCCCAAAGUUUUCCAAAGCUGCUUGUUUUUACACGUCCUGCACAGAGUGGAGUCUGUUGGAUGGAAAACAGUCAAUUUACCUGUUAUCCAAAUAUCGAGUUUUUGCAGCUGGAAUUGGACUUGUUGGGUAAAAAUAUAGGCUCUCUGCGUUUAUGCUGAAAUUUUAGGGAGCUUUUUCUGCGCAUGUGUGAAUACAACCAGAUUUUGCUUUUAAAACUCUCAUACUAAUGCACUUUGAGGAUGCAUUUUAUCAUUCAUCUCAAAAGUACUCUUUUCUUUCUCAGGUUCCCGCAGCUCUUCCCUCCUCUCAAACCCGAGGUGGUUGCCCAGAGGACCGUUGAUGCUGUCCGAGCCAACAAAGCUUUCCUCUACCUGCCCUGGACCAUGCAUGCUCUUGUCAUCCUAAAAAGGUAAAACAAAAUCAUGUGUCUGGCUUUUGGUUUUCAUCAGCAGAACUGCUCUAUGCUGAUCUUUCCUUCUGUGGUCUUUUUGUACUUUUCAGUUUCAUGCCACAAGUUGCACUUGAAGAAAUCCACAAGUUUUCUGGGAGUUAUACCUGCAUGAACACGUUCAAAGGGAGGACAUGAACCUGGACUCAGCAUGUAAUGUGAGCGACCUGAGCAACUCUUGGGUGAAAUGAAGGGAAUAUGGACCUUAAGACUCGUGGAGGUGGAGGAGGCCCCAUGCCACUGUGAGGACAAACACUUAGAGGGACUUGCAGGGUGGUUCCUCCUGCAGAUAGAGUUAAUGGAUAAACUGCAGGACACACUUUGGUCCCUUUUGUAUGCAUGUGUGCAGGCGUAUGUGUAUAGUAUGAAGGACUGAAUGCCAUUCUCACUCUGAACUGAAGCCAUGAAUAGAUCUGAACCUGUAGUUAUUCUAGGACUUUUAUGUGACACUUGUUUUAGUCAGUUUUUACACUUAUUUUUUUAUUCUCCUUUUAACUUGUUUUUGAAUCCAAACCAGAUAAUAAAUGGAGUUUUAGAGACACGCCGUGUGUCUUUGUGCAUGAUGAAUCAGAAAAAGUGAACACUUGGGAGGCAGACAUUGUUUGGUGUCUGGGUUUUGACUCCCACGGCGGUGUGAAACACCUUUGAUUUUCUCGGAGCAUGAGAUCAGUGGCUGUGACAGACGAUGUUGUCAAAACAUAAAACACACGCUCGGGGUGGGGGGGGCAUAAUUGUGUUAUUGUUUGUUCUCUGCUGUCACAAAAUGGUACAGGGGGGGAUGGUGUAAUCCUCCAAAACCAAAUGAACUCAUCAGCAGGAAUGUGCUUCUAAUGGAUUUAUCCGGAUAUUUUGAGGAACAGCCGACCAACAAUUUCACACAACAACUAUCAUGCUAUAAAAUAUCACAAUUAAGAUAUUAUUAUGAUUAUUCAAAGAAGACUUGAAACUAUAACAACACUGUCGAAUUCAGGAAAAGCAAGAACUGGAUUACUCUAUAAACACUACUAAUAAAUUCUAUUAACAUAUCAUCAUCCAUGUCUAAUGAUAAUUUAUCCAAAUCAGCAGCCCUGUAACUAAAACGUCUCAUUAUAAGCUUUUAUUUUGACAUCUUUUAUUUUACAUGGUAAUAUCAUGUUUUUAUUUUGAAGUCUAGGUUUCUAAUAGAUCUUAAGUCUAAAAGGAAAUAGUUAGAACAACAGUUUGACAGUAUUUAUUAUUGAUUUAUUUGUGUCUCAGAAAAAGCACAAGCCUUUAAGUUGUUUUUCGAAUCGUAAUAAAUGUUAGGGGUUGUUUAUUUAGAUGCCCCUGAUCAUCUGUUAGAAAGCUAACAACCGCUGAAGCUUCUUCUUUCUCCAGUUUUCUGGUGGCAAACAGCAAAAAGGAUCACUUUUAUAAACUCACAGUGUUUCUAACUCAGAAGAUAAAUCUGCAUCCAGAAAAUCAGUACUAAUUAAAUUUGUGUGUGACCGUGAGCCUGAAUCGGGCGUGAGAGGGUGGUGUCACCUAGGCAACCAAAUAGACAGCCCCUGUUUUUACAAUUUCAACGUAAAAUCUUCACAACAACUGAGACAUUGGGCUGGAAAGGUCAAUAAGAUGCUACUUAAGUCAGUCAAGAACAUAAACUAGCAAAGGGAGCGUCACAUCUGGUGCAAAGUACAAGUUCUUCACAAGACCUUUAAGAUUCACGCACCCUCUUCUCCUGCAGAUUGUAAGUAUUUUGCAGUAAUUUGUGUUACUUGUGUAGGUGCACACCAACUUCAGUUGAUGCAAACCCAGUAUUGGUCCUUUGCUGUUGUGCAGUGCUAGCAUGAUGUGUUUCAGCUUAUUCAUUAGGAGCAUCUGAGCUCCUAAAGAACACCAAAGUAUUAUUUUCACAUCCAACUCCCAGUUACACAACCAGGUCGAUUAUUCAUUAAGCAGCUGAGAGACCAGAGUGUGCACCAGCUCUCCUGUUCUCUCUGCUUACCUGAUAAAAACAUAUCAGUGAAAUGGUGUCCUUGCUGCAGAGACCCACCAAAAGAGGACCAGUCUUAGAGCCAUGUAUGGAAUAAAAAAUGAAAGUUCAGGUUGUAUCGCUCCACAAAGACGCAAAGCUGCGAGGGAUCGUGAGCUCCAAUAUAAUAACUAAUGAGGUUAAGGAGGGGUUGUGGCCUCUUUUAUAUCACAGAUGGUGCAGCGAGAAUCAUAACUUGUAAAUGUUUGAUAAGGGAAGGUUAAAUAUCUGACCACAAUGAGGUUUAUUAAAAUGAAACACAGGGCUGUGGUUAGAAAAAGGAAAAUGCCACACUCAGCUGCACUGUUUAACUUUAAUUUUAGCCUGUUUUUACACUGAACCUCCUUUGUGUUUGGAUAUACAGUACAGGCUGGUUUUAUUAAAGGGAAAUCUGCAUUAAAAAAAAACAGUUUAAUCAGUUGAAUUAAAAACAAUUUAAGGGAGAAAAAUGAAGCAUCAAAUAGCCUAACAUUCCAGCUGUGUAUAAUGUUGCAUUCAGCAAGAAGAUCAUCUGUCUAACAGAUCUCUUUUACACCACAUUAAAUAGCUGUUGGUUAUCUGACCCUCUAAAACAGUGUUUGCUUUCACACAUUAAAAAGACACUUUGAUUAAUGCGCUGAACUGUCAUCUUUCUCUGCAGACCUGAAACAGGAGCUCAUGUUCUCACCUCCCGUUUGCUCACCGUGAUGCUCUGAUUGCUCCUCUUAAGACUGUAAUGAGUACAUUUAGAUCAGAGCAACCAGCAAUAUUCAGCGAAAACACAACGGAGAACAAAUUUGUGUUUCUCUGCAGGACAUGCUGUUUCCAUCCAUGCUGAGAGGGUUAAUCAUGAAGCAGAGACUCUUAAUUUAAAAGAUAAUAUGUGCAGCAACCUGUCUUGAUAUUAAGUAUUAGCGUCCAGCAAACACUGAAAAGGACAUCAGUAAAAUGGGACAACUUGAACAGAAGCAAAUCUUUGUAAUCUCUGGGUCCUGCAAAACAAACACAUGGAGUUUGACCAGGCAGUCCUGAGAGCAACACCUCAACCUGAAAUGAAAAACAGAAUAUUUUGCAGGAUUUCACUCAUAAUACUUGAGAAAUUAAACUAACGAAGAAACCUUCCUCCUGUUUUGUGUUUUUAAUAAACAACUUUAGGCCUGUUAAAGAAAGGAAGCAGUGGUGCAUUGAGUCACAGUGAAUGACGCUGGUUCACCAUGACUCUUGAUCUGCCUGUUCAAGGGAAGGUUUUUAAUCAAAACUCUCUGUAAAGCAUCCUACUAUAACUUUUAUUUUAUACUUGGCACAAUGCUUAUGAAAUAUUGAUUUAUUUAAUUAUUUAAAGGAAAAGUGUAACAAUCCAUGAGGUUUUCCUGAGACUGAAAUUCUUAAAGAGUUUGGGUCUCAGAUGUGAUCCAGGAAUUUAGUUUGCCAUUAGUUUUGUCAUUUCUCUUGUACUAAGUGUUUGACUCAAAGACCCUGGAGGGAAUAAAUGGUUUGCAGGAACUUGAGCACCCCCUGUGGACAAAGCAGUAUCAGCUGAUUUCAUUCUUUAUACAGUGCAUCCGGAAAGUAUUCAUACCACUUCACUUUUUCCACAUUUUAUGUUACAGCCUUAUUCCAAAAUGGAUUAAAUUCCCUUUUUCCCUCAAAAAUUCUACACAAAAUACUCCAUAAUGACAAAGCGGAGAACUUUUUUUUAGAACAUUUUGCAAAUUUAUUAAAAAUAAGACACUCAAAUGUUGCAUAUACAUAAGUAUUCACACCCUUUACUCAAUACUUGGUCGAAGCACCUUUGGCAGCGAUUACAGACUCCAGUCUUGCACACCCUCCAGUGUGUAUGAUGCAACAAGCUUGGCACACCUGGAUCUGAGGAGUUUUUCCCAUUCUUCCUUGCACAUCCUCUCAAGCUCAGUGAGGUUGGAUGGGCAGCGUCGGUGCACAGCUACUUUCGGGUCUUUCCAAAGAUGUUCAAUCGGGUUCAAGUCUGGGCUCUGGCUGGGCCACUCAAGGACAUUCAGAGACUUGUCCUUUGUCUUCUUGGCCGUGUGCUUAGGGUCAUUGUCAUCAUGCUGGAAGAUGAAGCGUCGCCCCAGUCGAAGGUCUCGAGUGUUCUGGAGCAGGUUUUUAUCAAGGAUUUCGAUGUACUUAGCUGCAUUCAUUUUUCCCUCGAUCCUGACAAGUCUCCCAGUUCCUGCCACUGAAAAACAUCCCCACAGCAUGAUGCUGCCACCACCAUGCUUCACUGUAGGGAUGGUAUUGGCGAGGUGGUGAGCGGUUCCUGGUUUCCUCCAGACAUGACGCUUGGCAUUCAGGCCAAAGAGUUCGAUCUUCAUUUCAUCAGACCAGAGAAUUUUGUUUCUCCUGGUCUGUGAGUCCUUCAGGUGCCUUCUAGCAAAGUCCAAGCGGUCCUUGACAAAACAUAAAAUUCUUUGACAUAUUAAAUGUUGAAACUGAAAAACUUUACUGUUUCAUGAUUUACUAUUAAAAAUGUAAUGCCAGUAUCAUGUUUGAAUAUUGUUGGUAAUGGGAAAACAAACCAUGAUAUAAGCUCUGUAACAUUAAUUUGGUUGAUUUCUGACAGAAUAGAAACAGGACUUUUUCAAGGUAGAAGGCAUUCAAGAAAGGCUGAGUCUCCCAGAAGCAAGACUGGACUUGUGAGUGACUGUGUGAGCAAACAGUUUGAUAAUUUUGGAAUAAUGAAUUUGAGCUUUGAAUUUGAGGUUUCAUCGUCUUUAGUAGAAAAAACUGUCAAAAGAUCUCUGUACAAAAAGGAGGCAGCCAGGAAAUCAGUGUUGGCAUUAAAAAUAGACAUGGCUCUGUAGUGGAGGUCACUGCAUGGGCUUAGAAUUACAUCUACAAUCCAUUAUUUGUGAACACAGCCUGUUGCUGGUUCAAAAUUGUACAUGCACAAACCAAAACUUUGCAAAAACCUGAGUCUGGAAACCCCCAACAACUUUAAGUGUUAAUGUUUUAAAAAUUGAUGGUUAAAAUGAGAGUCAACUAGUUAAUGAUUCGAUCCCUGUUAUUGGUUGAUACAUUUUUAAGAGCAGUUGUUGCAUGUCUUUUUUUUUUUUUUUUAAAGUUAUCUUGCAAUCUGAGUAGCCCUCCUUUGUGUUAAACCCCCACCUGGACUCUAGUCUCAUCUUACACUUUCACAUGAAGUCUUUACAUGAUAGCAAGGUAUUUCAUGUUCAGAAGUUAUGCAUGACCUCCAUACAUGAAGGUGUUUUUAUGUUUUUUAUCACACAUUGUCAGUUUUGUGAUAUCUCGUCCAGCAGUUUGAAGUAAGCAGCUGUUAUUUACUGGUCUAGGCUUCACUCUCAGGUAGCUUUACUGUGGAUCAUGCAGUAUGGAGUAAUUGGAGAGCUAAGUUGCUUUACUAAUAGGGGUGAUAAAGAUGUGGAGGGAUAUAGAGGAUGACAUAUCCAGACACAUAAAGAGACGGCCCACAUCUGAGUGAGCACAAGUCAAAGCAAGCAAACAACUGGAGGCAAACCCAGGAGAGUGGCUGUAAAAUCUGGGAUGGUGCCUGCCCUUUGGCUGCUAGACAAGGCCCAUAAAGAUUCAUUUGAAUCCCAGUGAACCAUAAAUGCCCUCCUGUGUACUGCACGAUAGGGCCGCACAUUGUGAUCAGUAGGUGACCCACACAGAGCGGGGAGGGCUCCACAGGCUCAGCAGAGAAAGGGUGAACCCGAGCCUCCUUCAAGGGCCUGUUUCUCAUUCUCUCAGUGAGCUGUUGUGAAAGCAGAGGGAGAUGCAGCAGCAUGUUGGGAUGGAAGUAGGUCGGGGAGGCAUGUAGUUCACGUAUGCUGGAAGAGGAGGGCUAAACUGGUUGGGAAUCUCAUGGGGCAGGUUCAGAGCAAGGUUAGCCAAAUACUGAAUAAAUCAAAGGAGGCUUGGAAAGCUUUUUCUCCGCUGAAGGCGCAUAGCUCCACAGUGACUGACCAGGCGCAGGUGGAAAAAGAGAACCUAAUGUUUGGUCACAUGGGGAGGAAUCUGAGAGUGUAGCUGUCCCAGCUGUGACCACAUUCCCUGGGGCCCAUUUCACGAAGCCAGACUUAAAUCUGGUUAACAGUUACACUUCAAAAAGAUGUCUCUGGUUGUUAUUGGCAAUGAAUCUGUAAGGGGUCCAGACUUCUUUCACACUAAAAAUGUGAAUGAUCAUGCAUCCAAGUGUUUGGCUCUGUUUCCCCCUGCAGAAAUUAUUGCUUUUUUUGGAGACAUUUGAGGGUUACAAAAAUAAUGAUGACAAUUUGGGAGGAAAAAAGUGACAUUUGGGAAAUAAUGUCAAUCAAAAAAACUGCAAGGCUCGCACAAGAGAUAUCGUUUUCCUGCACAUGCUCCCUUGUUGUAUUGAUUGAACUUUAGGUUUUUAUUGUUUUAUCAUUGAUUAAAUAGGUAAGCAUAGCUGGCACCAAGGUACAUCAAUUUUUAGAAAGCAGCACAAGGGUAAAAACAAACAAACAAACAAACAAACAAAAAAAACCCUGAAGAAACAAGUGCAAAAACCUGCAGUUCUUCCAGUGUCCACUUGGGGGUAGCUCCGAAAGCCAAGAGAUCCCCAUCAGGUCCCAUGUUAAAAUGCUCAUGUUUGCAUUAAAAACUAAACAUGUUUACAGUCUGGUUAAAAAUGGUUUGAGGGAUUUUGUCCAUUUAUUUAUCCGUACCCACCGUAUGGGGGGGCGAAUUUUUUCAAAAUGUAUCUGGCAUACUGAUAAAUUGAUAUCAAGGUCAUAGGUUGCAAAAAUAGGACACAGCUGAUUUGACUGACAGGUAGGUGGGUUGUAGGGAGUCCAGAGGCUUGCCUCGACUCCACCUCUUUUCCUUACUCAGGACUCUGAUAUGAAGCUAAGCUGAGUCAGCAUUUCAAAUCAGGACACACCUUCAUUGGGCUGAAACCAAUGGAUAAUGUCACCGAGAAAACAUCCAGGAUACCUACAGCUGUUGAGUUCAGGACAUGACUUCCUUAGUGCUGACUAACGAUGACCCUCAUGCUCCCAAAUAACACCUGGACAACAGCAUUAAAACAAAAACAUCAUAAACUAACUCCUGAUCUCUGAAUCUGACUCCUUCUGCUGAGCCUUUUCAUAACUUUUUAUCAGCCACCAUUACCUGUUAAUGCACCUUUGUUUUUGAAGGCCCCAGAACUUCCUGCUUCUUUCCUUUAAAACAGCAAAAAGCCAGUUUUCUUUUUCCAGUGUGCCAUCCAAGCAUUUGCAACCACGACACAGGGGCUCGGAAAGUCGGCCUCCAAUGAUCCAUUAGAUAUAUUAUAGGCGUCUGGAGUCCAUUUGGCUUGUUGUGCAGUGAUGCUGAACGCAUGUAAAACCUCAGUCGGUGCAGGAUUUUGUCGUUAUUCACAUCACAUCCGCUCGUGGAUUCUGUGACUCCCAGUUUCCUGGCAGAUGCUUUAGCAUGACUUCGAAGCAGAAAACUGCUCUUCUGAGGAUAAAUGAGUUUCUGCAACACUUUAUACCCACCACUGCUUCACAGACACUUGAAACCUGUAAAAUAAAUAGGAUUGUUUAUUGCCAAUACUUCCUGACACAUUAUAAUGCCAGAUUUAAAACAUUCACACAAAGUCUCCAAACAGAAACACCAUGGUUGUGUUCAGUUUUAUUUUGUUACACUGACAGUGGGUUGUUGUCCGAAACUGAACUGAUUCAUCCAUGUUUUCAGAUGGGGUGACUGUAAUUAGCCCUUAGCUUCUGUUAGAUAAAAGCUAGUAGUAGCAGUCAGCUUAUUUCUGGUGAACAUAACUAAAUUGUGUCACAUGUUUGACAGAAACUGCACAAUCAUUUUAAUUGUCUAUAAUCAAACUCUUCAUGCAACUCUUGCCAAACUAAGGUGUUACUUAAUUAGUGUAAAUAGGCUACACCAGACUUCAGCCUGAUGUUAGCAAGCUGUUGUUUAUGGUAGCUAGCAGGUUGUCGUAUAGUAUACUGCAUAAAUAAUGGAUGGAGAUUAUGUUAAUUCAUACAAAAUGUUCUUGACUUCAACAGUUUGGUUGUUGCUCAGUUGUGUUUUGGAGCCCAAAGCUUCAAUGCUAUCUGUAGAGGAAGAAAAGCAUUGGUUAACUCCAAGUUAUUAAUACUCGACAUUUAAUUUUUCCAAUAUUUGCAAUAACUAGUUUCCCUAAAGGAACCAAAAACAAAGAGUCUGAAAAUGAAGGUUGAACUGAUUUAAUUAAAUUGACACCCUGCUAGCAGCAUAAGCUUGUCACAUACAACAGCCAUUAGCUUAACUAGCAUUUUUCUGCCUCCCUCUAUGUGAGCAUUAGUAUUAGUGUUUUAGUUUUCACAGUUGCUGCUAUCACCUGCUUUUUUCCAACUUCAUAAAGUUUUCAGGUUUGAGUUGGCCAUUUUGAUUGGUGUCACUCAAAUAGAAAGAAGCAUUGAAUAAUCUCCAUCCGCUUUGUUUGCUCUUGAAGAAGCAUGAUCUGUGAGUCAUAUUGCUCAUGGGGCGGCAGUAGCUCAGGAGGUAGAGAGGUCAGCCAAUAACUGGAAGGUUGGCAGUUCGAACCUCGAGUCUGUUUGUUGUGUCCUUGGGCAAGACACUUAACCCACCUUGCUUCCACCUUGUGUGGUGGUGGUUGGAGAGGCUGUAGGCACAAACUGGAAGCCACGUUUCCAUCAGUCUGCCCCAGGGCAGCUGUGACUACCAAGGUAGUUUACCACCACCAGGGUGUGACUGUGUGAAUGAAUGAAUUAUGUAGCCAAUGAAAAGCGCUUUGAGGUCACUGACAAAAAGCACUAUUAAAUCUGAUGUAUUAUUAUCAUUAUUAUUAUUAUUAUGUUUAAGUGUAAAACAUCAGGGUUAUUACAGAAAAAUGUGGGACCUUUGUGAGGAAAUGUUUGAUUGCUUUGGUUGGUGGAAAUGUUGUUGAUGACAGACCGGCCGUGUGGUGCUUAUGUUUUGUGUGGAGAAUGGAGUUGUGUUUUUUUGUCUUUUGUACUGUUUUCGUCAAUGAAAACACCCUUUGUCAUGAUCUGUUUUAGGUCCUUCAUCGAGAAGUGUUUACCUUGAUGCAUAGCUAUGUACAAAAUGUUUCAAAGCUUUGAUUCCCGGAUGUCUAAUGGUUAGAGAUUCACUUAAGCACCAAAUUUCAUUAACUAUUUUGGCUUUGUUUCCUCGGCCAGAUGUAUUUAUAACUAGCAUAGUUAAAGAAAGUUUGGCUGUUUUUGACUAAUGUCUGCAGCUUGGUGGCAUGGCUGUAUUUUGAAGACUUUUUUUUUUUGCACUCUGGGAGCUUCAAAGUCAGUAGCAUAAAGAGUUAUAUUCAGGGUUUGCUUCCAAAAGGAGCUUUAGUUCUGUGUGGACAUGUUAAUGGUGCCGGUUUCUGCAUGUAAAUGAGAUAGUAAAGCUUGGCCAGGCUGGAGUAUAUAGGGCUGAGGAUAUGAGUAGAUAAUAUUGAUUUUGUCUUGGUCUUCAGCCCUUUUAGAGGACUGUAUCACAAUGUACAGAGGGACAAUGGAAAAAACUUGAGUCCCUCUGUCCCAAUAAAAAACUCAAUUUCACUGUAUCAGCAGAGCCACUGUUUUAUUAUGAUUGAGAACAUAACUGUGAGUCUCUGUUUGCGCAUAAAGACAAAGGAAGGCCUUGUGCCCUUCGUGUGGUCCAGCUAAUGUGCUCUCUUAACCGUGGUGUACUCAGGGGGGCUCCCAUGUCAGGAAAAACGCUGCUGAACUAUCCCUCUUGGAUGCUCUGAAACAUUAAAAAUGCCCUCUUGGGUGCCCUUUUCAGAAAAAUGUAUAAAAAUGGCUUUACUGGCUUCUCUUCUUCAGUAUGAAACACAGCACAGUGCCCUCUGAAUGCCCUUCCAAUAGAGUUAAUGUGAAAAGUGCUCUUUUUUAGCUUUGUAGAACAGUACUGCUUUAGUUGGCAUGUAAGGUUUGAGGGCCAAGUUUGAGGCUCAGAAAGUCUCAAAAUGUUUUAUUGGUUUCUCCCAACAUUUGAUUUUCACCAAAUUACAAUGACCAUGCAUGAAUAACAGAUCAAAUCUAACAAGACAGUGAGCUUCAUGCAGGAAGUAGCAUUCACUUUUUGAUAGUUGUGUGAGUAAUUACGUGUAUCUCAAUUUCUAGUGUUACAUGUUGCAUAAAUAUUAACCAGAAAACAGGAAAUGAAGUGUUUCAUGCUCAAAAUCUCCUGGGGGAGGGACUCCAGACUAGUGUAGAUUUUUAUGAAUCACAACUUUUUGGGUACUUUUUAUUUCCCCUUGAAUAGUCUGAAUACACCACUGCCUCUAAAAAUAAAGAGAGCACUGCAACACCUAUCAUGACUUAAUGUUUUUGUUACGCUCAAUUUUGCGCAUGUGCAUUACACUUGCAACGAUCGCGCAUGGCAGUUACAUGUUCCCAUGUUGAAGUGUAAUGCGCAUAAUGAAGUGUGCCGUCAGCGUUUUCAUUGAAACCCCGACUUGCUGUUGACAAUGGUGGCUGGGGCAUUUUAGAAAUAUGCUAAUCUGGAGGGUGUUUUUAAAAGUUACCGUUGAGGUCAGCUUAAACCCCAUUUCCGUUCUCAGGAGAAAACGAUCUUUAUGUCAAGACAAUGAAAAAAAAAUCGAGAAAACUAACUUUGUUAUAUCGAGAUAAAGAAAUACCAGUGCAUAAAAAAAGAAGAAGAGCCAUGGCCGUUCUCGGCUUCUGCUCAGAACAGCCGGCACAACAUACAACAAGCAAACACCAGAAGAUCCCCCACUGACAUUAAGGUCUCCUGAGUGGUAAUGCUACGGUUUUCCUGUGAAAUAAAACAGAAGACAAAGGCGAGAGAGUAAGACCAGGGGGGUUUUUCACGAAGCUGGCUUAGCUCAAAGCCUGGCUUAUUUCGGUUAGCUUGGCUAAUUUUAGUGAGAGUUCGGUUCCACAAACAAGGCUUCGGGCUAGCGUGGCUGGCCCGAAGGGCAUGCUCUUGUUCGGAAAAAUAAAUUGAGAGCUUUUUAAAACAACUUAGGAAUACGUGAAUCCGGACAUGCCCAAUAAUACGCCAACCUCAAAGAGAAAGAGAAAUUCAGUAGCUGAGUGGGUAAAGAGAAAUGCCAGUAAAAUGUGUUUUUCACUGCUCUGUGGGUUCGAUCCCAUCGGCGGUAAUUAUUUGGAAAUAUCUGGUUUUCUUUCUUUUAUUCUGUGACUCUCAAUGUACUGUCAACACAUAACAGAAUAAAGGCACAAACGAUCUCAUUCAAAACACUGAAGGUGACAACAGCAACAAUUUCCCAUUAAAAAAACCUUCCUUUCACCAGUGGUCCAUUCUGAUUAUGAUGAUGAUAAUGUAAAGGUGAUGGCAAAUGACGACAUGACUACUCUUUGUACAAGCUCAAUUGUGUCUUCUCCCUUAUUUAAAUGAAGGGCGCUGUGCCACCAUCAUCCCUAAUAAAAAAAAAAAAAAAAGACAUCUCCAGGUGCAUGUUUUUCUUCACUUUUUGUCCAAGUUUGUCUACUUUGGUUUCAGGUCUUACCUGGAGCUGCUAUACUAAUCCAUUAUGGAUAUCUAUUUGUCAAAUCAAGAACAUGAAUUAUGCCUACAGUACAGUAGCGGUUCUUGGCACGGGCGAACCUGGCAGCCACCCGGGGUGGCAUUUGUGUCAUGACUCAUGGGGGGCGGCAUGAGCACUUCCAAAAAAGAAAGAAAAAAGAUAAUAACAAAAAAUCUGCACCGCAAAGCGGUUUUGUAUUAACUCUUGUCAAAUUGGCGCCCCCUGCUGCUGUAGGUGCCCCUGCUUGCUGCGAAGGUGAGGCACAGAGGCUGACAGAAUGUAUGAGUGAGCUGCACAAACACGAGAUGAAAAGUUGAAAAAAAAUGUUUACAGUACAUAAGCAGAAGUGAAUAAAAUUACACAGCCAAGCAGGCUGACUGCAUCAAGACAUGCGUUUCAGCAGUUAAGUCAUACCUGGAAACAAAAGCUGCUGUUGUGCACAAUUUGUCUGAAACAUUGUCUGUAGCUCUGACGAUGAACAGACAUCUCUAUUUUUGUGCCUCGCCAGAGACGUGCCACAGGCGCGGUGUAAGUCAAGUCCGCCGCUCCAACAAGGCGUUCCCAAGCACAAUUUGGUAUUUUGGUGAGCUGCACAGCCCGGCGUAAGUAUUCCCCCUCCCUCACUCAGCUCCUCCCAGCAGCGUAAGUCAUAGCAAGGGAGGAGAGAGGGCGAGGAGUGGGUUUAUCACAGCCGAGACCUGUAUUGACCAAUAACAUAAGCUCCUCUCAUCGCCUUUAAAUCCGCUACCGGCGAGGCAUAUUACUAUUUUCGUGAAGUGGUCAAAGAGAUCAAGAGAUGUCUGAAGACAGCAAUGCCACACGAUGGCGACAGAAGGCAGCUCCUCAACUAGUGUCACUGUACGAGGACGUCCUUCACACUCUCUCAUAUGAGCACAGAUGGAUUUGGUGUGUGUAAGUUUGGACCCACUGGUAAGACAAACACCCUUUUCCACAAAUAAGGACACUCUCAUAAAGUUGCACAUAUUUAAACCUCACGUGACAAAGGUGGGUUGUGCGCAGAGAUCACAACAUAAACUCCAAUAAUGGCAUUAAAACCUGAACUAUCUGUGCGUAAAUGACGCAUCGCGCUCCGUGGCCUGGCUCUUUCUUUCAUAGAUGUUGGCAUAUAAAAUAAAUUUGGCUCACAAAACUGAAUAUUAUAAAAAUCAUAUGUAGGCUUAAAGUAAAUAACUCAUCUGGGGCCUCAUGUAUCAACACUUGUGUGGGACUCAUACCAGAAACGAGCGCACGCAAGGUCCGUCACGCUGAAAAAAAUCUGUAUGUAUCAAGGUGUGCGGGCGCCGAAAGCCACGUGUGUUUCCUUGAUAAAUCCCAAACAGCUUGGAAUUGAGUGCAGAUGUCGGAGUGAGCGGGCCAGCCCCCGUUACGCCCUCCUAUAAAUAUGCAGAUUUAUUUAAAUAGGGUCUCCCUGUCCUCGCACGCAGACAAAAUGAAAAGAAAAACUAAAUUUACGGCGUGCGAGGUGGAGGUGCUGGUGGCGGAGGUGGAGGAGCGACAGCGUGUUUUGUUUGGCAGCCUGUCCAGUGGCGUCAGUGCAAAACGAAAACUUUUGGAGUGGGAGAAAGUUUGCGAGAGGGUGAACGAGGUGGGUUCCGAGACACGCACCCCCGCGGAGAUUUUUAAAAAAGUGGUCGAACCUCAAGGUGGAGGUCAAGCGGCGUACAGCUGCCCUCCGGAAGAGUACCGGCCAGACAGGUGGGGCUCCGGGGGAGGAGACCCUCACGCCGUUUGAGCAGCGGGUGGUGGCGAUUAUUAUUAUAGGGUAAGUGGCGUGUCACACAAAUGUCCACAUGCUUUGCCAUCCCACUGAGCAAAAGAUGUAUAUUAGACGUCUAGUCUAAGUUUAUACUUCAUUUCAACGUCGAGAUUCAGUCUAUUUUUAGACGUGAUUUAUACUUCGCCCUUAACUUCAUUUUUCGAUAACUUUUUAUGCAAUAAACAACUGUAAUGUGCAUAACUGACCUCUAAAUACUGGAUUACAAUACCUAUGAUACCGUGGAGAGAGAUGUAAAUGCAACAGAUACACAGAAGCAGGAAUUGAAAUGAACAAAUAUUUUUAUUGUGUCACAGAAAUCAAUGUGUCGGCCGUGUCGCCGGCUUGCGGAACCCCGGCCCGCGGCAGCCCAUCCGCCGGCUCGGAGUCGUCGGCCAGGACCAGCGGCAUUCGGGCCACCCCGGCCCCCGGCCCCAGCACCAGCAUCAGCACCAGCAGGCCGACAAGCGGUGGAGCGUCCACCAGCCGCGGUGCUUCCACUGGACCACCCGGACGCAGUGGAAGGGUCCUCACGGAGGCGGUCCUGCAAUCGCAGGAAGAAAUCAUCAGGGGGAUCGCGGGGAUCAACGAGCGGCUGGACCGGCUCGUAAAUGUCCUCAAGCGUCUGGUGGCGAAAAUAAAUGAAUUUGGCUCAUUGAACUGUGUAUUCACUUCUUACCCAUUCACAUUGUGGCGAUGAGAUUCUCCCGCGCGAGGACGGCGGCCCGGCAGGGAUCAGCUCGCAUCCCUCCGUCUGCUGCUGGUUUGUCAUGUUGGGCGACGUGCUGCUCGGCCACGGGGAUGUGGUGCAUGCUUGUCACAUAGUGAGUCACCAAACACCGCCACACAGCGUCGCCAAAGUGCCGUCAACGCAAUUAUCGGCUCAACGCCAACUUCUACACCACCUCCUCACUUUCCGUUGAUUAGCGCUGGAACGACGCUCAUGUCGCGAUGAUAAAUCUGGACGUGUGCGCCGAUCUUGGCGGACGCAAGGUUUUCUGGUGCCGCCAGCGUUGAUACAUGAGGCCCCUGAUCACUGAAACAAAUCAUCUGUUCAGCCGCCGCAGCAGCAGCUGCAGCAGGACGGGGAGAGGACACAGAGACAUGUCCAGGUCAAGCUGCGUGAGAAAUAAGAGGAAGAGGAAGAAAGAAAAGUAGGGAGACGAAUUCCAUAUCUUGUUAACUUCAUCAUGUGUGUCUAUUUACUAGAUAUUUAAUUUAAUUUAAUUUAAUUUAAUUUAAUUUAAUGCGGCUUCAGCUGUGUUGAUUUGGUCAGGUUAUGUGUCCAAACGUGCGCCAAACGCGCUCAUCAGAUCAGAUAUAGAUCAGAAUAUAUCUAUAUAGAUCUAAAUGUAUGUGCUGACUCAGAUUAUUAGUUGUUGAUGAUUAUUUAUUGCACAGAAAUGUGCCUGACACUGUGUGAGGCAUCAGUGACGUAUGCCGAUAUGCCGCCGGUCUACCAAAAUACCUCUAGACCAGCUGCGCUCCGCCUGCGCUGAAAGCUGACCAGGUUUGAAUCGGCGAGCUUUCAGCGCACUUUAUACGCCUCUGGCAAGCACGAAAAUGUCACUGCGGCAGCUGAUUCUGUCAACACCUCCCCCUGCCUCGCCACCACGCCCAGCUUGGCGGACCUCUGUGCGCCUCAGUCCACGAAAAUACCAAACUGGCUGUACGUGGGGCUCCGCCAGAUAAAGAAACCACUGCGUGGGGUCCGCCACCUUCAGCCACCUCACCGGCGGACACGAAAAUAGAGCCCCGAGAGUGAUAGUCCUGUGAGAUCAAACACAGAUGAAUAGUUGUUUUCUGUUUUUGUCACUUUGAUAUGGCUAACAUGGCAGCAUUUCACCUCCCACCCCUGUAAGUCAGUUAAAAAUUGUCAUUGUCUGAAUAAAUACAUAAAAAAAAAAAGUCUGUGUUGUUUGUGAGGCAGCUUGAAAUAAGCUAAAAGAGCCCAGUGGCAAAGAGAAGGUGGUGGAGUGGAGUUCAGUGAGGUGUUAUUUGUUACAGCCCCUUAUCCUCUUCCUCUGAACUCUGCUGUUAGCCCUCUCGCCAGCUUGUUGCUGGGUUCAUCCAUCACAGGGUCGGUAGUAUGAUAAAAAGGCUCAGCCCUAACCCACAGCAAGAGGCCAGCCGUGACGCCUCAGUUGACCUGUCAGACUGUAAGAGUUAUUAUACACCGUGGUGUUAAAGGUCAAAGGGAGCAGCAAGCUCAGAGGUUGUCAGUCCUUCACACACACACACACACACACACACACACACACACACACACACACACACACACACACACACCUUUACAAAGACACAAAGAAGAUAAAUGUAGGAAAUUAGCUGCAAUCCAUUAAUGAAUAUACAAAUCGUGUAGGACGUUUGACUCUGAGGGACAUGUUAGGUGUCAGAUGCAAGAGCAGAACAAAGCAUCUCCCAGGGUGAUAAAUUUUAAGAGAAUAACUUCCCACCGUGAAGUCCUCAAUCACACCAACCUCUGUUUGCAGUGGGAAGUGUGACCUUUACAUUCAUAGGCAUCAUGCAUAUACAUUAGGGAAAAGGGGCUGUAGAUCUGCAACACAAGGUCAAACUCUUUCCACACUUUAGUAGCUAGAGGCAUAACUUUUCAUGAAUUCUAUUCAUCACCGACUGUCAGCCGUAUCUGCACACUUCUUUCUCUGCAAAGAGCCGAGGAGCACUAAUAUCUAUAUGGUGAUCUUUGUGUGGGAAAGGUUUGGGAGCUACAUAGGCAGAAAAAUGUGUCUCCGCUAUCUCUACUUGUUCAUUAAGAUUUCUCCCCGAGGCAUGGUAUCAUGUCGAGAUGAGAUUAGGAACAACAGUGCACCACUGGGAGGGCAGCUCACUUUCAAUAAUGUGUUUGGAACAAAAAUAUAACAAAAGUUUGGACUUCAACACGGAGCAUUUUAUACAAGAGGAGCAGUUCAACGUGCUGUAUGAACAGGGAGGUAUUUCAUUUGAAUUGGACAAGAAUUCCAGGAAAGUUGACUGAUGAGACUUUGUAAAUCCAUGUGGAUGUCAGCCAAACUCAACCUUAACAGUAAUGCCUUGUGACUGUAACCUCACCAGGAUCCAUCUAUCAAUAAGUUUCCUUACGUGUUGAAAAAAACUGAUCAAGUGUAUUGAUACAACUGAAAGUAAACUUUAAAAAUACCUGUUACUUAAACUGAAAUCAGACUAAAUCAAACUUUUCAUAGUCCAAGAUACCAAUAUUCGAGGUGUCCUGAUACAUUCUUUUUGUCACUUCCAAUACGAUCGAAUAUUAGCACAAACUUGUGAAUGACAAGUUUUGCACUCAGCUGAUAUAAUCUGAUAUUAGUUUUAUUGCUGUUUUUAGACCGAUAUCUAAUAUCAAUAUGUGGGACAUCCUUAACCAAGAUAAUACAUUUGGAGAUCACUUUUCUUUUUCACGUAUAUGGCUAAACCAGACCACGGCAUGCUAACUUAAGAGUUUGCAUGUUGCACUUUAGCCCACUUGAAUAGCAUUAAAGACCCACUCAAAGACCAAAUGAAAAUGAUGUUUUUCUUGUUUUUUAUACGUUCAUAAGGCAUUUUUCUAAUGCUACGGGACAGAUCAUGAGAAAACUAAAUGCAAAAUUGCAUUUCUGAGUAUUUCCUCAUUCAAAUCGCUGUAAAUCUCUGGCAGACCCAAACAGCAGGUUCAGAAACAGUGAGAUUUCAUACGUAACCAAUCCAAGCUCCACCCCGGAGCCCCGCUAUGCAGGCCGCACUCUGCACAUAGAGGGGAAAUACAGAGGACGAUUGCGGAACAAGCAUGUGUGUUAGUGGAUUGCAAUGCUUGUAAGAAAGCUAAUUAUGAUAUUAGCUUUCAUCGUGUCCCGAGACACCAAAGACAUUAGUGUCCAAAAGCUGAAUAGCUCCUAUGUUGCCUGCCACUUCUACUACACCGGCAAUGUUAAGCUGUAAGCUAGCAUGAAGAGGAGUGUGCAGAGCAGCACUGUCUCCGCCCAUGACUCAGAGGCAAAUUGCUAAUGAGCUACUAUGUGAUUUUGGAUAAAAACUUCACAAUCACAAUUUAAGACCACUGAUAACUCUUUAAGUAGCAAAAAAAAAAAAGGAAAAAAAAAAAAGCGAUCAGGAGGGGACUUUAAUGUGUUACCAGGUAGCCAGGUAAGAAAACUAACCUCAACAGACAGAGAAAAGUGGCGACAGGAGAUAAAGGUUCAGAGCUGUUAAAGUGACAGUAAAAGUUAAAAUGUUUAAUCAAGUGUGAUGGUAUGUUGAAGGUCAACUCUGAGGUGACCCAGUAGAAACAAAGUGAUAGAGGACAUGUUGCUACCUCCUGUAGUGGAGGUGGAUUUGUUUCAUUUCUUGCCCAGUGCUUAUGAAGAUGGGCGAAAAAUCCAUUGAAAUCACCUAAUUGAACUGUUACUAUAACUGUGCAUGCACAGUAGCAGAUGUCUGUCCAUUCAGCCAUACACACUUAAGUAGAAAACAAUUGUACAAAAUGCUUCGAUUAGAAGAUAAAGAAGAAAGAGUAGUUAAAAAUAAGUAUUGAUAGAUGCUUUUUCAUACUUGUUUUGCAUCAGCAUGGAGCUUUUUGUCCCCCAAGGCCACUGUU